AUGGUCGGAGUUCCCGGACGCUCCAAAGGUUGCAACACGUGUAGGAAGCGUAAGAAAGGCUGCGACCUACAACGACCUUCAUGCGGGCAGUGCAUAAAGGCAGGCUUAGAAUGUGCAGGCUACGAAAGGAAACGCAUCUUCGUCAAUGUGACCAAGCCGCCGACGGGCAAAGACUUCAAGGUGACGGCUCUGGUGCCAGUCACACCCGCCCUUGUUCAGACGCACUCAUUAUCCCAGUCUGCCUUUGAGGAGCGGAUCCUCGAGCUCUUCUGGGAUGGCUAUAUGCCUGAUGCUCCGAUAUGCAGUCCCAGGAGUCCCAUCAUGAGGUAUUCCAACGCAGACUGGGCGACAACCGUGCGAGAUCUCUACCGCACCGACGCCGCCUUGCGUCUGAGCUUACUGGCACUCAGCUUGGGCACCAUAGGUCGUCGCGACAAGCAGCAGUGGAUGAUAGACGAUGGUCUCAAGUUUUAUUGCAAUGCCUUGACUGAGAUGAAUGUUGCCUUACGGCAUCCCAAAAGAUGGAAGUCAGAUGCCUUGAUGGUGACUUCAAGAAUCCUGGGCUUCUAUGAGUUGCUCUAUGGGGCAGACGAUCGAGAGCGACAUGGUAUCUCUCAAGCUGAAAGUUGGGAGGGGCAUUCUUUAGGCGAACUCGCCCUCAUCAUGCAGCGGACUCCAGAGGCACAUAUCGACGGCCAUGGCCACGACCUGUACGCUUCUGGUCGACUUCAUCUGGUCAUAUCUCACGUCAAGCGCAGACGACGGUUUCCGUUAAGCCACCCGGCCUGGAAGACGGUUCCGUGGCAGAAUGUCCCUAAGACCCCAAAGGAUAUCUUGAUCGACGUAUUUGUUGACAUACCUGGACUUCUGGAAGACCUGGACCACAUGAACAGCUGCAAAGACUUAGAGGAGAAAGAAUUAAGGCGCCUUGCUCUGAUCAAAGAGUGUUGGCGAGUGGACGAAGAGCUCAAUUGGUGGCUCGAUAAUUUGAGCCCCAAAAAAGAACUUGAAGAACUCGCGACUCGUGGCUCAAAUAGUCCGACAGCCUGCGACGUCGCUGUUGCAUCGAUCAUUACGUUAUACUGGACUAUUUGUAUUCUCACCUACAGCACUCUUCGCCUUGCAAUCGGCACAAAGUCACCGGAGUUGCCCGAACGAACGGACCCCCGCCUCUAUUGCACCAAGAUAGCCAACAUUGUCGACGUCUUCUUCCAUCCAUCUGCGGGAACCUUUGGAAUACAAUCAGCGCCGUUGCCAAUCGGCAUGGCUCUGGUAUACCUUAACUCGUACGAAGAAGGGUUCAACUCAGAAACCAAGUUCAAGCUUGUAAGCUUUUUUGGACGGACCGCAAACAACGGCAUCAGUAUUGGGAAGUUCUUGAUGAGCACCCAGAGAGAUGGGCUCAAGCCCAAGACCAGCGUCGAACUGUCACCCGAAGGUAUCAAGGCAAAAGCGAAAAGCUGGUUGGGCGUUGUACCCCGAGAGGGCCCAGUCUGCCAGCCAUUGCGAUCUGCUUCAAGCCAGGCACUAGCCUGUCAGUGA